UGAUCAUGAUCGGGAAUUGCCUAUAAAGAUCCUUUUCUCUCAUGAGUAGUGUUCAUACCGCGUUUUCAAUUACAGACAUGGCAGGUGAUCCUCGAGGGACAAGUUCUUACGUCUGCGAGCGAGAAUAAAAAGUGAGCGGCAGCCUGAUAUAAGAGACCUGACAUUUCAAAGGCGCACAAGAGUUGCGGAGCGAGCCCAGCAAUAGUUUUUUCCACCAGCAUUCAUUGGGUGAAGGAUAAUAAUAAGAUGACCAAACGUUCAGCCCACAUACAACUAUAACUAACAGAUGUUACGCUUAUUUCUUUUUUCGGUCCAAUAGACCUUUUAAACCAAGGAAUUACAUGUGGCAUGACGGAGUGAUUUUAUCUGGCACGUUUUUUUUUUGCCGUUUUAACAUCGUAGGACUUUUACUUGGACAUCAAAGCUACAAACUAUUUGCGACCAGGGGCAAUACUAGUAGGCUUCGUAACCACUUUCGAACUAUUUUCAGUGCCCUUCACUGCAUGAACAACUGCUACAAAAAGAAAAGGGUCUAGUGAAAGUCACAGCAGCGAAAGAGAAGGAACUGCGGUAUAGCAAUGAGCGGACAGCCCAAGCCUGUAAUUAUGGGGCUCGUGCUGCUAAUAUGCACUACUACUCUGCACUGGGCAGAGAGCGCGCCCGCCGCGACGGCCCCAACGGAAGCGAGGGAUGACAAGAGCCUGCUUAGGCAGAUAGUGGACAUCGUUAAGCACGUGGAGGAUAGACGCGGCGAGAGAAGCGCAGAAACAGCAUCACAGUCGACUUCGAGGAAAGAAUCCCCGGGGGAGCCAAGGGAAUCACGCAACCACAAAUCAGAUAGCGGGGAUCAAAUUAUCGAAAUCUUCCCCAGAGAUCUCAGAAAGAAAGAGAAGUUUCUAAAACAUUUAACAGGUCCUCUGUACUUCAGUCCUAAGUGCAGGAAGCACGUGUACAGGCUUUACCACAAUACUAGGGACUGCACAAUCCCAGCAUACUUCAAAAGAUGUGCGAGGCUUCUCACACGAUUAGCAGGCAGCCCGCGAUGCACGGAAGGGUAGCACAAACAGAGGUUAAAGCCAAACCAGAGCUAUGUGGAAGAGCCCUGAAAAAAAGUGCCUUGGACAGUAACAGGGAAACAGAACAAACUCCAUCCAGUCACGCCAUUCCGCACCGUGUCCUUCAUCAGAGAGUUGUGUUUAUCUAAAGGCAUGGAUUACCUAUCCCAGGUCUGGGGCCCCGAGAGGCCUGCUGCCAGUGGCCCUUAGAAGGAGGCAUCCAGAAGACAGUGACCACGAUAAUACAGGUGAAGAGAAAACGAAUUAACAAGAAAACAUGGUAACAGGGCCGUAGCCCCUGCUGGCUGCCAGAAAAAUAUGACUUCUCCCCUCUUGUUUUUCACCAAAAGAAAAGGGAUAGCUUUUUUUUGUUGUUGCCUUGUUUGUUUCUCAAUGCAAAGUUGAUUGAGGAUAUUUUUGUUGUUGUUGUUGUUGGGGUUGUGUAUGACUUGUAUUUAUGUACUUCUGCCAUCAUCUCUUGUAAGCCGCACAGCCUAUUACUGGACAAGCAGCUCUUUAUCAGACUCUGCAGUCACCGCAUUCUUACACCUACCUGAGCACACACUGAAAGUAUGAUUAACUUAUUAACUGCAUGAGCAUUCCCUUGCCCCUUCUCUUUGCAGGACAUGCAUACAAAAACAAUAGUGAGACAAAUAUAUAGUGCUGGUUGCAGUCAAAUGUGUGCUAUACUGACGUCAUGCUGUGAAUCUAGGUUGUGUGAUACAUAGUAUAUUUAUAUACUCUUUGUUGUCACAUGUUCAUCUGUACAUUGUGUACAAACAUUCUAACCAGUGUGCAAUAUGUACAUAUUGUCAAGACAAAAAUGCAUAAAAGGAAUUCAUAUGACGACCAUAAAUUUAAGUGUCUGACAUAUAUCAACUGGGUGUUGAAAAACAUAUAUUUAAAAUGAAUUAUA